AUGGCGCAGGACAUGCGGGCGCUGCGCGACUACGUCACGGCCAUGGACGGCCGGCAGUACGAGAGCGUGCCCGAGGGCGUCGUGUGUCUGCUCAUCACGCACAGCAACCUGAAGCUGCAGAUGGUGGACAUCCGGCUGGACCUACACGGCACCAUCGGCGAGCUGCGCCACAAGGUGUACCAGCACACGGGCACCAAGCCCGACGCCAUGGAGCUGCUGGUCAUGCGCAGCGACGGCUCGGUCUACGCCCGACUGGACGACGACCGGCGGAUGCUGGGCUUCUACAGCGUCGAGAACGGCAUGCGGCUGCACGUCGUGGACAAGGACCCGUUCUCGCUGUCGCGAGGCGGCGGCCUCGAGGACGUCUCGCUCGUCAAGAAGUACGAGAUCUCCGAGGAGGACUACAACAAGCGCGAGAAGACUGUGCGCGCUUACAAGCGAAAGCAACUCGCCAAGGACCCGAACUGGAAGCCCAAGACCAUGAUGAAUGCCGCUCGGCCUGCUGCGGACCCGGCUGCUGUGGGCGACCGGUGCGAGGUGCAGCCUGGAGGACGGCGAGGACAGGUGCAGUACUUGGGCGAGAUCCCGGAGAUCGCACCCGGCUACUGGGUGGGCGUGCAGUUUGACGAGCCUGUGGGCAAAGGCAACGGCUCCGUCAAGGGCACGACCUACUUCAAGUGCGAGCAGAAGUUCGGCGGCUUUGUGCGUCCCCACAACGUGGCGGUCGGUGACUUCCCUGUGCUGGACCCAUUCGCAGACCUGUCAGACGACGACGACGAGCUGUAG